GGAAGGAGAUUGAGAACCUUGUCAUUUGAUACCAAGAUACCAACGUCUCCCUCAAUGUAAGCAAGACAAAGGAGAUUGUGAUUGAAUUCAGGAAGCGAAGCUGUGCAUUCACCCCAGAAUACAUUGAUGCACCAAAAGUAGAGGUGGUCGAAAGGUUCAAGUUCCCAGGAAUAAACAUCACCAGCAAUUUGUCCUGGACCAGCCACAUCGAUCCAAUGGCUAAGAAUGCACACCAACACCUCUACUUCUUUAGAAGGCUUAGGAAGUGUGGCAUCUUCCCAACAACACUCACGAACAUUUACAGAUAUGCCAUGGAAAGCAUCUUAUCGGCAUCUAUCAUGUUUUGGAUGUAGCCCAAACAAUCACACAAACCACUCUCCCUUCCUCGGAUGGAAAAAUCUAAUACUUGAGGGGAUAGCUUUAAGGUGAGUGGGGUGAAGUUUGAAGCAGAUGUGUGAGGGAAGUGUUUUACACAGAGGGUGGUGAGUGCCUGAAAUGCUCUGGUGGCAAAGCACAUGUGUUAGUGGCAGUUAAAAGAUUUUUGGAUAGGCAAAUGGAUAUGCAGGGAAUAGAGGGAUAUGAGUUAAAUGCAAGCAGAUAAAGUGAUGCUUUGUGGCAUCAUGUUCAGCACAGACAUUGUGAGGUGAAGGGCCUGUUAUUGUGCUGUACUGUUCUAUGUUCUAUGUUAAGUUGGACUUGACUGUAUUUAUGUAUUGUAUUAUCCGAUCAGAUUUGAUAGCAUGCAAAACAAAGCUUUUCACUUCACCCUGGCACACGUGACAAUAGUCAAAUAUGAGAGUUUGCAUCUGCCUUUCCUAUUUUUCAGUGGAAUUUUCCUCAAUAAGUUCCCCAAAGUCAAAAUCUAGGCAUUCACCAUUGACGAAGUGUUUAACUCAGAGUCCUGGAUUCAUACCGCACAGAUGCAUAUCCUUCACCCCAACUUGUCCACGACAUCCUAGAUGCCUCAUCAUCACCACUCCCACCUGCCCGCGUUUGGGAAUGUAGGAGAAAAUGAAAUGCAUUAGGGAAAGAUUAUGUAAAAUGGGUGCUUGCUGCAAAUUGGCAUAAAAUUCAGUCCUUGCUGCAUCUAUGAUUCUAUAAAAAUCUGUCAAAAAUCCACCAAGAUAUCUAGUACUAAACAUAGUUACUUCCUGCAGGAUAUUGCUUAGGUGAUCCUUAUGGAAUCUUUAACAAAAGAUCUAAUGAUGUCAUAAUGGCCUGUCAAUAAGAACCCAGUGCAGACAACUAAUGCUAUGCACUGCUACAAUAUGUUCAAACAGGGCAACUAGUGAAGACUUUCAAGGCUCCACCCGAUUAAAACAUGAAAAUAAAGACAUAGAGGGCUUGUCAUCUCAACAUGGUAACAAAGACUUUGAAUAAAACUGAAAGGUACAUUACAUCAAUGAAUCUGACUCCAUGCUCGACCAUAUGUGCUCCGUAUUUCUAAUUCCCCAGCGAGUGUUCCAACCUAUUGCUCUGACUGGAUUGUUGACAACAAUACAAUCUGUUUCCUAGUUACUAUGCAAUAAACCAUUUAACACCACUUCACAUGGUUGCAUUUCCAAUCAGUGUCUGGCUUCAUUGGGAGAGAUCAGUUGAAGAAAUACACCUGAAAUGUCUUCCAGUCAAAACGUAAAGGCAAAGGGGAAGAAGGGUGGAAUUAUUCACCCGAAUGAACGUUAUGAAUCUAAACGGACUGCACCGAGCAGCAGCACAAGCAGUGCAGCUGGACCUAGCCAGGCUAUAGUGCCAUAUGCAACAGCAUCACAAUCCAACCAGAACGAUACAAUGCUUGUUCCAAAAGGUUACACAGUGAAACCUAUAGUUCCAGCCAAAGAGGCAGAGCUUAUCGCUGUUGCAAAAGCAAUGCACAGAGAGGAAUUUGGGACACGGGUGAAAGAACUAUUUGAUCCAGAGAGGGAAGCAGCAUUGGAUGCACUUCAAACAGGAAUUUAUAUUGGAUGGCGAUGUCCUGAAUUCAAAUGGGAUUGCAUUCGUGUUGGAGUAAAAUCAAAGUGCUUUUGUGGUCAUCUCCUUGCUGAACAUGAACGAUUUACUGGCACCAGUGUUCGAGUGCCCUGUUCGGUGGCGGGCUGCACGUGUAGGGCUUUUGCCUUCAUUCCUUCCCGUCCUGAAGACGUGGGUGAAUUCUGGCUAAGAAAGCGAAGAAACUUUGACCCAAGGACUUGGAGAGCUAAGUGCCGUUGUAAACAUAACCAUGAAGAACACAACACCACUGCAAGCCACAAAUGCAAGAUCGCUGGUUGCUCUUGCUCAGGUUUUGACUCAAAUUUCCUCUGUGCAGCCUGUGAUAAACAUUGGGAACAACAUGAGACAUUCUUUGAGACAGAACAAAACAGGAAAGAAGCUGGGUUCCCUUAUGGUGAAGCUUACUUGCCCUUUGCUGAGAUGCCCAACUUACGAAAUGCAGUGCUGUCAGGGAAUGAGGAGGAUGAUUCAGCCUACCGGAUCAUUACAAGUGGUACUGAUGUCUAUUCACGUCUUGGGCCUUCUUCCAAUUCUGCCAGGCCUGCUUUACCACCAGCUAAAUGAACAGGGGGAUUUUGAACAGUCUGUAAUUACUACCUACAGUUGUCACUGUUUUGAAUAAAAAAAUCACAUAAACAUUUUGUCUGGUUUUGUCG